AACAUGCUCACAACAUUAACAUGCUGCUGUUUAGCAGGUAUAAUGUUUACCAUGUUCAGUAUCUUGGUUUAGUGUAUUAGCAUGUAUGCUACCAGUUUCUAUUUAGCACUAUCACAGCUGAAGUUGAUGGGAAUGUCAUUAGUUUUGCAGGUGGUCAUAAACCAAAGUAUUGGACAAACUGAAAUUUUUACCUGAUGAUGGCGCUACAUGAAAAGUCAGGGGAUCACCAAAGUUAUUUCAAUUGAUCCUGAGGGAGACAAGAAUGUCUGAACCAAAUUUCAUGGCAAUCCAUCCAAUAGUUGCUGAGAUAAUUCUGUCUGGACCAAAGUGGUGGCCUGUCUCCUUCCCAAGACUUUUAUUCUACAUGGACAUGACAAUAUUUCCACCACAUGAUCCUCCUCAGGUAAACAUGAGGGUAUGAGCACACCUGUAUACACAUUUAGUUUAGCUGUGAUGACAUGUCACACAUCAUCUGUGAAUUGGGUAAUUAAUGAUAUACACAUGAGGACAAUAUACCCAAUCAGUCAAUUACUAGGAGUGAUCACACAAUGCCCUUGUAAAUGUCCCAUCAACAUUACAUUAGAAGUAAAGCAUUAGAGUAAAUGCUUUCACACUUAGACAGGAGAAAAGUUGAAUAUAUUCCAAGAAUGCUUUGAGUUAACUAAUAAAUCAAAAGCAAACAUGCAAAAAACACAUAGAUACCUUAUCACAAAAGGAAAGAAGAAAGCUAAUACACUAAUAGGAGUGCCGUAGAUCAGUAAUUUGCUUCUGAAAAAAUAGAAAUUAUGAUUAGGUAAAAAAAAUAUAGAUAUAUAUUUACAUUUUUGUGUUGAGUAGGAAUAUAAACCACGCAAAUUGGAUUACAAAUAGUGUGGUGUGAGGCUUAUCUGUACAUUUAUUAUCACAACAGCCAAUCAACUACACUAUUAUAGGCACAAAUCCAACCUAUUUGAGUGAGAUGAAACACUGUUGCACCACAUGCUGCACUUCAGUGAGCAAAAACUAGUUAGCAAGCAAGCAGAGAAGUGAAAAUUAAAUCUAAAAAAAAAAAAACAGAUUAAUGAUAAAAAUGUCCAGCUUCUGUCACUCCAAGUGGUUGAGGUAAAAAUCCAAACUUGACUGAACCAACUGAAAAAAAACCAACCCUAAACAUCAACGAUUCCAGGAUCACAGUAUGUCAUGUAUGAAAACAACAUUGUAACAGUAUCCACUUUUAUAUGAUUAAUAGUGUUAAAUAACAUUUAUUUUAAAAUGAAUUCAACUGGACACAUUUGGAGCAUGACGGCUGGUGACGAUGAAGGGCUCCAGUAAAUGAGUUUAAAUGACAAAAAAGUUUGGCAACCACCUUGAUUAAUCUAGAUAUUUCAAAAACAGGUCUUAAAUUUUAAAGAAAAUAUAAACAAGCAGGCAGGAAAUAAUUACCCAGCAACUCCAAAAAAAAAUUUAAAAAAAAAAUGGAUGCACAUGAUCCUUAUGAUAAUUGCACAAACCAGUUCGCAUCCAUGUCUGGCUACUCACAAACUCAAGUGACACAGUAGCAGUCAGCUGGUACCAUUGCCCCAAAUCUGGAAAUGACUCCACACAUUAGCCAGCUACUUGUAAUGAUGUAAAGAAAUGUGACUGUGUGGUUAAUCAGUAGCCGUGGCAACCUUUGCUCCCCUUGGGAUUUCUCAAGCAAGCGGCAAGUAGUUCAGUACUUGAUCUGCUGUUCUCAUGUCUUUAAAGGAAGAAAAAAAGAAAGAUGAUUUGUUAGUUAGAGGCAAAGCAAGGACUGAUCUAUAAAACACAGCUGGACUGUCGGGAUCAGAGAGUAAAGUCUCUGAAUAGUUUGUGUGUUCGGUCACACAGAGAUGGCCAUGGUCCAGAACAAGUCUUCAAGAGAUAUUCUGGCAGAUCAAGGCAGUCCUCUCCUGCAGGAUCCCGACAUCUUACCCUUCACCAGCUAUCCCAGCAUGCAGUACCCGUCCAUGGAGCCAACCGUGUCUUCCACGCCAUACUACUCCACUCAGAACUACUACCCUCCGUACAAUGGAGACGAAUGGUACUCACACACGGGGAUAUAUGAACUGAGGAAAGGACCCCUGGAGGUCAGCUAUGAUGCUGACAUGGAGGAGGUGUCUGCUGUGGUGCCUGCCGUGUGCAAGAGGACCCGGCACGUGCCGCAGGCUGGAAGGGUCAAAGGGGAGGAACUGUGUGUUGUGUGUGGAGACAAGGCCUCUGGAUACCACUAUAACGCUCUCACCUGUGAGGGAUGUAAAGGUUUCUUCAGACGGAGCAUAACAAAGAAUGCUGUGUACAAAUGCAAGAGUGGCGGAAACUGUGAGAUGGACAUGUAUAUGCGCAGGAAAUGCCAGGAGUGUCGGCUAAGAAAGUGCAAGCAGAUGGGCAUGCUGGCUGAAUGCCUGCUGACAGAGAUCCAGUGUAAAUCUAAAAGGCUGCGAAAGACCACCAAGGCCUCCCCGGGACAGUCAACUGGAGACGAGACAGAGGGGGCAGACAACAAACAGGUCACCUCAACCACCAAACUGUCAAAGGAAAAAGUUGAAAUCACCAAAGAGCAGCAGGCGCUCAUGAAUCUCAUUGUAGAUGCUUACAACAGACAUCAAAUUCCUCAAGAUGUGGCCAAAAAACUGCUACAAGAACAGUACAGCGUAGAGGAAAACUUCCUCCUAUUGACGGAAAUGGCAACAAGUCAAGUUCAAGUUCUGGUGGAGUUUACGAAAAAUAUUCCAGGCUUUCUCUCUCUGGAUCGUGAGGAUCAGAUCGCUCUGCUGAAGGGUUCGGCUGUGGAAGCCAUGUUUCUGCGCUCAGCUCAGGUUCUCAGCAGAAAGAUGCCCAUUGGACACACAGAAGUUUUGGAGGAGAGGAUACGCACAAGUGGUAUAUCAGAGGAAUUCAUCACACCCAUGUUCAACUUUUACAAAAGCAUCGGUGAACUCCACAUGGUGCAAGAGGAACAGGCUCUCCUCACUACCAUAACCAUCCUGACACCAGAUCGGCCUUAUGUGAAGGAUCAACAGGCUGUUGAGAGACUUCAGGAGACCAUGCUGGACAUGCUGAGGAAGCUGUGUGUCCUGCAGCAUCCACAGGAGCCGCAGUACUUUGCUCGUCUCCUGGGCCGCCUGACGGAGCUGAGAACACUCAGCCACUACCACGCAGAGAUGCUCACAUCCUGGAGAACAAACGACCACAAAUUUACCCCACUGCUCUGUGAGAUCUGGGAUGUGCAGUGACACACCAGGAGAAGUGAAGAGAGUGGUAACGCAGGGAUGAUAACAUGAACAUUUCAUCUUGCAAGAAAAAGUCAUGGUUCAACAACAGUGCGUAUGUGUGGCCUGACCUUGAUGGCAUUAGUCGUAUAUUAACUCAGUGAAUGCUUUAGAGUAUUGUUUGUGUUUAUUCUGAGUUUUUAUGGCUCACAACUUUGUCAUGUCUAGUUACUGUGUGAUUCUUGACACUUGUCUCAUUGGUGAGACAUUUGAAAUGACUUCUUUUUACUGUGUACAUCAUGUAACACAUGAAACUUGAAGUCCCAGCGUGAUUAGUCAGACAACACUGGAACUUCUUCAAAGCAAAGACGGUGCUCAUAAGAAGUGUAAAGUUUAAAUUACAUUGACUUUUAUAAUGGGCUCAUUUAUUUUUUAUUCAUAAAACUCGAAGUACUUGCUACAUGUACGUGCUGUAAAUAUGCAAAAGUUGUAUGUUCUGCCUCAAUAAAUGACAAGAUUAACAGGAAAAAGGUUGAUGUUGGAACAUCCUUAUGCUAAUUUUCAUGCCUGUUAGUCAGCACAGAGGAAACAACUAUUCAGGAGUACACAUACUGUACAGAUAUAACAUCUGGUACUCCUGAAAAGUUCCUGUUCCUCUUUAAUCUUUCUGAAACUUUAUCUCAAUAAACUAAACUGAAAUAUGUUCAAAUGACUUUAUAUGAUAUUAAAAUAAAGGGUUUCCCU